CCAAGACAGGGCUAGACUGCGAUGCGGAAGCUCCAAGCUGUCCUCUCCAAAAGCGCCAGCGACGAACUUGUCGUCGCCUCCAUCUUCGACAGGCCAGAGGCAACACGAUACACAAUAACGGCCACAAUGUCGGUCGAUUCGCUUCAAACUCUUGCCAACGUAGGCAAGGGGGAGAGCACUCGCACUACGCUGCGAGUUGUCAUUCUCUUUCUCAUCGCUGGCGCCGCAAUUGCGAGCCGGCUGUUUUCUGUGAUUCGUUUCGAGAGUAUUAUCCAUGAAUUCGAUCCGUGGUUCAACUUCCGAGCGACCAAGUACCUCGUGGCGAAUGGCUUCUACAAUUUCUGGGACUGGUUUGACGACCGAACAUGGCAUCCCCUCGGCCGAGUUACGGGAGGAACACUCUACCCCGGCCUCAUGGUGACAAGUGGUAUCAUCUACCACGCCCUACGCACCCUGACUAUCCCCGUCGACAUCCGAAAUAUCUGUGUCCUUCUCGCGCCGGCCUUCUCGGGCCUUACCGCCUUCGCCGCCUAUCUCCUUACCAAUGAAAUGACCCCGUCGUCGUCGGCCGGCCUCCUUGCCGCCGUCUUCAUGGGCAUCGCGCCUGGCUACAUUUCUCGUUCAGUUGCUGGCAGCUACGACAACGAAGCCAUCGCCAUUUUCUUGCUUGUAUUUACCUUCUAUCUCUGGAUCAAGGCGCUGAAGCAGGGCUCCAUGCUGUGGGGCGCUCUCUGUGCCCUGUUCUAUGGCUACAUGGUCGCCUCUUGGGGUGGCUAUGCUUUCAUCACCUGCCUCCUCCCGCUCCACGCCUUCGUUCUCAUAUGCAUGGGCCGCUACAGCACCAGGCUCUACGUCGCAUACACCACCUGGUACGCUCUCGGGACAUUGGCCAGCAUGCAGAUUCCCUUCGUUGGUUUCCUGCCCGUCAAGACUAGCGAGCAUAUGCCUGCACUGGGCAUUUUUGGCUUCUUGCAGCUGCUUGCAUUCCUUAACUACGUCCGGUCGGCCAUCCCCAAGGGUCAGUAUCAGACCUUCUUAUGGCUGUUUGCCGGAGGAACUUUUGGCAUAGGUCUCGCCGCUCUAGUUGUUGCUACCAGCGCUGGUAUCAUUGCUCCCUGGGGCGGUCGCUUUUACUCGCUCUGGGAUACCAGCUAUGCCAAGAUUCACAUCCCCAUCAUUGCUUCGGUGUCAGAACAUCAGCCGACAGCGUGGCCGGCCUUCUUCUUUGACCUCAACAUGCUCAUUUGGCUUCUUCCUGCGGGCGUCUACCUCUGCUUCCAGCAGCUUGCCGAUGAGCAUGUCUUCAUUGUCGUAUACGCCCUUUUCGGCAGCUACUUUGCUGGUGUCAUGGUCCGUUUGAUGCUGACGCUCACCCCGGUUGUUUGUGUCGCGGCUGCCAUCGCCGUCUCCAACGUCCUCGAUACUUACCUCAGUGCCAAGUCGCCAAAGCCUGAGGACCGUCUGUCUGACGAGGCUACUGAUGCGGCGGUGAAGAAGGCACCUAAGGGCGGUCUCAAGUCGACGAGCAAGCCUUUCGUUGGUGUCUACUCGAUUUUCUCCAAGGGUGCCGUCGUCGGCGCCAUGACUAUCUAUCUGUUGCUGUUCGUCUUGCACUGCACAUGGGUGACCUCCAACGCAUAUUCGUCGCCAUCGGUCGUUUUGGCGAGCAGAUUGGCCGACGGCAGCCAGCACAUCAUUGAUGAUUACCGUGAAGCGUACCAGUGGCUGCGCCAGAACACGCGCGAUGAUGCCAAGAUCAUGUCCUGGUGGGAUUACGGAUACCAGAUCGGUGGCAUGGCUGAUCGCCCGACGCUGGUUGACAACAACACAUGGAAUAACACGCACAUCGCCACUGUUGGCAAGGCCAUGAGCUCGAGGGAAGAGGUCAGCUACCCAAUCAUGCGCCAGCACGAGGUUGAUUAUGUGCUCGUCGUAUUCGGAGGCCUGCUCGGUUACUCUGGUGACGACAUCAACAAGUUCCUCUGGAUGGUCCGUAUUGCCGAGGGCAUUUGGCCCGAAGAGGUCAGCGAGCGCGCUUUCUUCACCCCUCGUGGCGAGUACCGCGUCGACGACGAGGCCUCAGAUACCAUGAAGAACAGCUUGAUGUACAAGAUGUCGUACUACAACUACAACACCCUCUUCCCUCCUGGACAGGCUCAGGACCGCGUCCGUGGAGCUCGUUUACCCGAGGUUGGCCCGACCCUUGAUGUACUGGACGAGGCCUUUACAAGCGAGAACUGGAUUAUUAGAAUCUACAAGGUCAAGGACCUUGACAAUGUUGGCCGUGACCACGCUUCAGCAUCGGCAUUUGAUCGGGGCAUCAAGAAGAAGAAGGCCACCAAGAAGCGAGGUCCUAGAGUCCUCCGGGUGGAUUAGAGGGAAGAGGGAUUCUGUAAAAAGAGUUAGAGAGCUUUGCCUGUUAUUUCUUCGUACAGUGAGUUGAUGGGAAAUCUAUGCUGGGUUGGGUCUGUAUACAAAAAAUAGCGUGGGUUCUAAUUUAUUGGCUCUGAAGUGGCACUGUCCUCGAUUUGUUGUUUUUCGGUUAUUGGGAAGCAACAAGGAAACUUCACAUCUGGGCCUUUUUUGAAGAAACCAGUUAGACUGUAAAUGUUUUUCCCUAUACGGAUAAAGGCACAGCAGAGCCAGAUAUUUACAAGCCUCGAGAAGUUGAAGUACAGAAGGGGAGGGAUGCUUGAAGGAAAUGAAACCAGAGGACAGUUAUAGUUGGAAUAACACGAAGAAAUAAAAAGGAAUGGUAGAUGAUUAAAAAAAGAAAUUAAUAAUUAGCAGCGACUCGUUUCGAUCGAGUGACCUCCGGGUUAUGAGCCCGGCGCGCUUCCGCUGCGCCACGCAGCUGU